AUGCCCAAAAAGGCCAAAUACACUCGUAAUAUACCGAGGUAUGAGAUAGCAAGAUUGGAUAGAGUGAGGCAAAACCAAGAGAUAAUUGAUGCUUUGGGAUUGAAGCACAUCUCAACUUCUCUAAAAGAUUCUGCUCAGUCCAAUUGUGCAAAAGGGAAAAGAAGUAGAGCUAGUAUUGUGGUAGAUGAUGAUUAUGUACCACCUAUUGGUGACAGUGACAAUGACAAUGACAAUGGCAAUGAGUCAUCUAAUUCUGUAAUCCAUAAGAUGGCACCAGGACGACUUACACGCUCGCGAGGUGAGGCAUCUAUCCCGGUGGUUCGAUCUACGGUCCAAUCUACGGAAACACCUCUUGAAGCAAAUCCUCCCGCCCAAAGUUCUUCUAGUGCGGAGGCGCAAACUACCGGCACAUUAACUAGCAUGACUGGAUCUGCUAGCAGAACUACCCGUGGAGCAACACGUGGUAUAGCAGUACGGGCACUUGUUGAAAAAAGUGGUAAGCUGCCAGUACGUAUAGCUGCAGAGUAUGAUGCUCCUGUUGGGAAGAAUGCGUGCAAGCUUGUCAAUCACGUUGGCGUACAAGUGCGAAGUAUUUUGUCCAGUUACAAUGUGAAAAAUUGGAAAAAUGUUGAUGCUGCUACUAGAGAUGUAGUGCUUCAAAAUAUCGCGGAUCAGUUUGAGCUAGAAGGAGAUUCCAAUUUGGUAACGAAAACAUUAAAUACAAAAUGUGGAAGAUUAUUGAGUUCCAACUCCCACAAGUUGCAUCAGGCUUAUAAAAAGCUCAAACAAUCUCAUGGUGCUGACUAUGCAAGAAGCCACCCGCAAAUGAAUGCCACGGAGAAGCAAUGGACUGAACUCAUUGAUGAGAGAUGGACCAAUGAGGAUUGGCUGGAAAAUAUUCUCAAAGUGCAAGCGGAUCAUUGUCAAGAUCCUGAUGCUAUUCCCCUUACACAAGAGGAGAUUUCAAACUUGGUGUUUAAGAACAAGUCUGGUAUUGUAAAAGGACUUGGCAUGAGACCUUCCUCUUCUCUAGUAACCACCGCCUCCUUUAAUUCAUCGGUGGAGUAUAUCCAACGGUUAGAAAAUGAGAUAAUUGAGCUCAAAGAGGCAAGAGUUAGAGAUCAAGAGGAGCGAGCUAAGGACCAAGAUGCACGAACUAAACAAGAUGAGAUUUCUUAUUGGUGGCUUUUAGGGGAUUUACUUUUGGCAUUACUUGAAGACAUAUGAGAACAUCUUCCGUUAGUUCUAAAAUAGGGUUUAGGUAGAGUUAUUGUAU